AAUGCAACACCGCCCUCAAGUGGGCAGUUGUGUAAUUAUUCUGUGGUCGAAAAAUGCCGUCUCCUCAUUGGUCGAUUCCUCUUAGUUUUUAGUUAUGGUGCGUUCAAACACAACGGAAUUGAGCAUUGCUGUUAUAAACGGUUACCGUUUACAAUCGAAGGAAUUUAAUAGCGCCUUAACCUAUUUUAAAAACGCACGUGUAUUUUGUUGCAAAUGUAGUAAUCCAUCACUGCAAUAUCGUCAAUUUGCCCGCUAUAUCCAAAUCAAACCAUUUCCGAGCUCGUUGGGAGCACGGGAAGGCACCACCGGUAUUGAUUAUCCCAAGUCCCCAUCCAGCCAGCAUCCCUACACGACAGCUCGCAGUUGCAUUGAGUGCGUGUGUGUGUCUGUAUGUGGUAAGUGGACAUUAUCACCAGGAAUCAUGACAAUUAGAAACACUCUGCGGGAUCACGGACAGAGAUAUCGGCCAAGGAUGGCGUGUCUUAAAAAGGCGGAAAAGGUACUGCUGGAGAUGCAGGAUCCCAAAUCGGGGGUGAAGUCUCAGCCGCAGCGACUGGUCAUCACCACCAUACCGCACGCUAUUACUGGCGAAGAUAUGGUUGCGUGGCUGGCGGACAGAUUCCAAAUCGACUCGAGAGAGGCCAGGAGUUUGGGUUCCAUGCUUGUGGCGCUGGGUUUCGUGUACCCGCUGCAGGACCACAAACGUUUGCUGCUCAAACCCGACGCGUCGCUUUAUCGCUUUCAGACGCCAUAUUUCUGGCCUGCCCAGCAGUGGCCUGUGGAGGACACAGAUUACGCAAUCUACUUGGCCAAGAGGAACAUCCGCAAGAAGGGAAUCCUGGAGAUGCACGAGCAGGAGCAGUACAAUCGCCUUCACAAGUGGAUGAAUCACAAGUGGGACUUCAUUGUGAUGCAGGCGAAGGAACAAUACAGGGCUGCCAAGGAGAGGAAGAAACCGGACCGUGUGGUGUUUGACUGUCAGGAGAGGGCCUACUGGGUGGUCCACAGACCCCCGCCUGGCACCGUGAGCGCCAUGGACUACGGACUCGAUCGGCAUAUCGAUCCAAACGCAGAUGAGGUGAAAACGCCCGACUACUAUGAGAGAAUUAUGAUCUUCACCCAGCAGUCCAUCAUGAGGCCCAGAGUCAAGUCAUCGGUGUCCAUUGGCGCAUUGGUGAAAUAUAGCGCCACCUACAACAGCCACGACCCGUUCCUCUCCAAAUGUCUUCCCAGCAACCCCUGGCACACAGACGACGUCACAUACUGGACCUUGAACAUGCCCAAUGUGGAAACGCCAACCAAGAUGCGUGUCGAGCGCUGGACGUUCAGCUUCGGCGAGCUGCUCUUGGACCCUCGAGGGCGCGACGACUUCAGGCGCUUUUUGAAGAAAGAGUUCAGCGGUGAAAACUUGGCAUUCUGGGAAGGCUGCGAGGAUUUAAAGUGGGGCACGGCGGCGACCAUGCGGGAGAAGGCCGAGCAGAUAUAUAAGACUUUCCUGGCCCGCGGUGCACCAAGGUGGAUCAACAUCGACGGGAAGACGAUGGAGAUCACGGUGAACGGCUUGAAGCAUCCGCACAGAUACGUGCUGGACGCCGCCCAGACUCACAUCUACAUGCUCAUGAAGAAGGAUUCGUAUGGCCGUUACAUGAAGUCUCAGGUGUUCAAGGACACGUUGAAGAAGGCCAUUUGCCCUGAGGAGCACAAGUUCACGGACACCCAGUUGGAGCAGAACGCCAAGAACCGGCGGCCCAGCCUCAGUCCCAUCAUCCUCCGGCAGCAGGAGCUGGAGCAGCGCGCCAAGAUGGCUGCCAACGCGCCCGUGGACAUUACGCAGGUCAUGAGCAAACUCAGCAGGCAGAAAUGAAAAUGCUGUGUGUCAGGUUCCAGAUCACAUUCAUCAUUUUGAGCAGUUUUGCAAAUAUGUUAAUUAGUGUAUUGUUAUCAGUAUUAUGAUUGCCCACAACAUAUAAAUCACCUUUUCCUCCAUAUUUAAAUCGACCAAAUUACUAAUAAA